GCAGCCGGUACGAAGCCAAGGUUACCUAAAUCUACUUUGCCCAUUUUAAAAAUGGCGUCCCCUUGACAGCGGAAAUGACAUACUAUAUAUUCCGUUUCCAUGGGAACUGUGUCGCGUCCCGGAAGUCGCCUUUAAAAUCGCAUCCUUAUUAGUUUCUCGAAGCAGAAAUAUGCCGGCGGUGUCUUCAGAAGCCGCGCUGCAGAAGAAGAAGAGAGACUAUGGCAGCAUCCACGAGGCAGUGCGUUGCGGACAUGUGGAGGAGCUGGCUACAAUUGUGAAGAAUGGGACCAGCGUGAAUGAGGUGGAUCCGGUCCACAGGUUUACACCCCUGCACUGGGCUGCACAUUCCGGGAGUCUGGAGUGUCUCCACUGGUUGCUGUGGCAUGGAGCCGACAUCACCGACGUGACCACCAGACGAUGGACGGCAGCGCAUUUAGCUGCUAUCAAAGGCCAAGACGCCUGCAUGCAGGCCUUGAUCCUCAGCGGGGCAGACUUGUCAUCUAAGGAUGAGCGGCAGUGCACUCCAUCACACCUGGCCGCUUCCCAUGGACACUCAUUCACUCUACAGACCAUUCUGCGUAGUGGAGCGGAUACAGGUAGCCCUGACAUUAAUGGCUGGACCCCAGUUCAUUAUGCUGCAUUUCAUGGCCGACUCGGAUGUUUACAGCUUCUGGUGAGGUGGGGGGCUUCUGUGGAAGAUAUCGAUCACAAUGGAAACACCCCAGUGCAUUUAGCCGCCAUGGAGGGACAUCUGCACUGUAUAAAGUUUCUGCUCAGUAAAGUCCCCAGCUUCACUCUAGCAUUGGAGGCGCGGAACAAUAAUGGAGAGAACCCAAAGGACCUGGCGAGAAGAUUUUAUAAGGAGAGAAUCACUCAGUAUAUACAGGGCGUGGAGUAUGAGAGGGACCAUCCGGAAGAUGGCGAGAACUUAGCAUUCCCAGCUCAUGUCGCCGCCUUCAAAGGGGAUCUGGUGACCCUCCGAAAACUGGUGGAGAGUGGAAUCAUUAAUAUCAAUGAGCGGGAUGACAGAGGCUCCACCCCUUUACACAAAGCUGCAGGCCAGGGCCGGGUGGAGUGCAUACAGUGGCUGCUGGAGAUGGGGGCCGACUACAACAUUACCAACGAGGCCGGGGAGACCCCAAAAGAUGUCGCUAAGAGGUUUGCACAGCUGGCUGCUGUAAAGCUUCUGGGGGGAAGAUCAGAUGAAGAGUCAGAGGAGGAGAUAAGUGAGGACGACCCCUUGUUCUUUGAGAGACAUGGCGUAGAAGGAAGCACCGACCAACCAGACGACAUCAAUCUGAGUCCAUCUGAGAAGAAGGCGGCCCGCACGCGAGCCUACCAUAAAAUGAAAGAACUCGAGAAGCUUCUGGAGAUUGCAAAAAGCAACUUUAAGCAUCUUGGCGGUGUCCUGGAGGAAGAAAACCAGAGGAAGAAGGAGCAGCAAGAGUCAGAGAAGAUGAUCAGAGACUUGGAGGAGCAGCUGGAGUAUGAGCGCUUACGCAGGGAGAAGAUGGAGAUCCAGCUGGAUGAAUACAGAGUGCAGAUCUCUCACCUGAACAGCUGCCUGGAGCAGAUGAAGCCUCCGCCAAGACCCUCCAGGGAGAAGCUGUCAGAGUCCUAUAAGGAGAAGAAAAGUGCCAAGAAGAAACCAGUUCAGCCGCCAAAUGCAGGAGGAGUCUUUGUGAGGAGAUGAACUGAGAAGUAACAGGGCGCCGGGCUUGCAUAAUAUGGGUAGAAGUAGACUGCAAGUCACCUGACUCUGGACUGAUUUUGUAUAGCCUGUAAAUUACAUAUUCUAAUGGUUUUUUAAAAUUAGUUAAAUUUUGAUGUUAUGAAGAUAACAUUACCAUCUCCUAAAGUAACAGCAUAUUACUAGGAUAUUUCAUUAUGACAGUGUUUCCCCAAACAGCAUGCCUCCAGCUGUUGCAAAACU